GGAAGAAGUUCGAGCUGCUGCCCAGCCCCCCCGCCUCCCCACUGCCCGGUCCGGCCGAGGAUGCCGCCGCCGACGGCCCGCAGGAGCCCGCCGCGGGGCUGCUGGGCAACCUGAGCGCCUUCGUGCUGCGCGACUGCAUGUGGAGCGGCUUCUCUGCCCGCGACCGCCUGGAGAAAGCCAUGGGCGAAAAGCUGGCGGCCAAGCCCACGCCGGCCCUGGCGCCCGCCCAUGACUUCGGCGGGCUGGGCGGCGAGUGCGUGGCUCCGGGCGCAGUUUUCGCCUGGCCCGGCGGGAGCGCGGCGGCGGCGCCGCCCGCGGACACCAAGAUCCCGGUUUCGUCCGGCUCCGAGAGCCAGAGUGACUCCGAAGAAGAAGAAAUCGAUGUGGUGACCGUUGAGAAGAGGCAGGCUUUGGGGACAAGGAAGCCAGUCACCAUCACAGUGCGGGAUGACCCUCUGGAUCCCUGCACCAAGCAUUUCCAUAUUGCCAUCCAUCAACAGCAGCACAACUAUGCUGCCCGCUCCCCACCUGAGGCUCACUCCAUUAAGGGGCCUUUGGAGAAGGGCAGCCUGGAUGCCGAAGACAAUGAGCCACAGUCGCCCGGGCAGGGGGUAGAGAGUUUCCUUCCUGCGGUUUCCCUCCCCAAGGCUGGUGGUGCUCCUGGCUCGGACAGUGAGGAUGUGACCAAGAGGAAAAACCACAACUAUUUAGAGCGCAAGCGGAGGAAUGAUCUUCGUUCGCGUUUCCUGGCACUGAGGGACCAGGUGCCCGGUCUCGCAUCCUGCCCCAAAACCCCCAAAGUGGUGGUCCUGAGCAAAGCUUCCGAGUAUCUGCAUCUGCUUCUCAGUGCCGAGCAGCAAAUGGUGGCUGAGAAGAAGCUGCUGAAACUGCACCAGCUCCAGCUACGGAAACAGAUUUCACACCUGCAGGGCACGGAGUAGCUGGCCAGGCCUCCUGGGUUUUUAGUCGCAUCGGCACUUUUUGGUUGGUUAUGGGUUGCAGACUCCUAAUGGAAUGUCAUUCCCAUCAUGCACUGCAAGUCAUAUGGGGCUUGUCCUUAUUCUGCUGCUCCCGUCUGAAUUCUGUUCCUCCUUCCAGGAGAGAGAGGGGGCUUCAGCUGCCAAAAUGAGGCUUUUGCUGCACAACGUUGGAUUAUGGCCAAGCCCCACGGCCGUCUCCUUUUUGGUGGGCCCAGCUGGACCCAGACGGCUGUUUCUCCAGAGGGACCUAGACACACCAGACACACCACACUUGAUGUUUCAAGGGGGCCCUGAGCCACAUUUCUCAGUGGAGGUCAAGAGUGCAUGGUGCAUUUGUAAUUUGUGGAGGGUGGAUCUUUCUGCAAUUUGUUGCUUUUUUCAUAAUAAUGUGAUGGUAGUCAAAUUCUCUGUCUCGUCCCUUUGUUCCUGGACCAAGACUUCUUAGAAUUGGCAUUUUCUGUUCCUCCAACAAAUUGUGGAUGGAUCCUUUGUGCAAAAGGUUAUUUCAAUCUCUGGAGUCCAGGGGAGCUCAGACCUCCCUGGAAAGGCAGCAAGGAGCUGCCUCUGGUUUUAGGGAGACCUCAUUCCAGUUGAGUGCAACCUGCGCAAGUGGGAGUCCAUGACAAGCGUUUGGUGCAAAAGGCACUUUGGCCACAGAUACCAUCUGUCUUGUCAGAGUUUCUCCAGCUCACAUGGGUGGGGGCUUAAAAAAGCACCCCACUUUACACUAUCACUAGAACAGCACUACAAUCACCUUGAAUUUGAUUUACCUCAUUCUUUUUCCAUUUAAUGACAAACCAGGGCUUAUCUUGGCAUUUGUAUAUCCUAGAACCUAAUGUAGUGACUGCCUCAUUCUUUGUACCAAACUGCUUUUUAAAGAUAUAUACUGUAUUUUUGUACUUUUUAGAUUUUUUUUGGUUUUUGUAAAAUGUUGGCUCUUUCCCUCCCCCCCUUUGUUUCUAUACCCAAAUAUACCGCCUGCAGUCAGGGAGGUGGGCCACCUCAGUGGCUUCCAAGGGAGUGAUUCAAAUUGGCUCCCUUGGGAACAGGCUGCUUUCCAAAAACUGGGAUGACUGGAAAUUCUUCUUGCAGGGAAGAGGCUAGUUCCAACUUGCAAGCACCAAUAACAGAUGUCCCAGGGGCCUGUCUUGUGGGAAGCAGAGCCGACCCUGCACUUUCAACCUGACUCCAAGAUGGGGUUUCUUUCCCAGAGAAAGCAGGAAAGGGCUGCUCUUGUACUGGGCUACUAUGGGCUGCCCAUCUGUGGGGCAAACCUUCAGGGCAGCAAAGUAGGUGAGGUGCGAGUCCUGGCUUGCCAGAAGCAUUGAGAAGUGAACGAGGAGGCUGGCAAGUGCAAGGUGCAUGGUGGAUGAGGAAAGCUGUGUGUGUGCGCCUUCCCUGGGCUUUAAUGUCAUGUGCUGCACCAAGCUCACUGGGAAAGGUGGAUGCCUAAAGCAGGGAUCUCCAAACUUGGCAACUUUAAGACUUCUGGACUUCAACUCCCUGGAUUCCUCAGUCAGACUCAGAAGCCUUAAAGUUGUCAGUUUUAGAGACUCCUGGCCUAAUCCUUUCGGAAACUGUCCUUCUGCCCAAGGCCUCUGCAGUGGGUCCCUUUCUUCUUCAGUGGAAGAGCCACCCGAGGAUCCAUGCUGGUGGGAUGGGCAGAAAGACUGCCACGUUUAUCUGCUGCAAAGGACUCCUGUUCAUGGUGGGCUUUAUUUCUAGGUUGGGAUGGCAGCCUUUGCUAAUGGGAGAGGGGCUGAGCAGCAUCUCCCUCUGCUUGGGCCAAGCUUUCCUAGAGAGCGGCUGCUCCCUCCUUAUGCAAACCUCCCCCAUCCUCCCCCAUUUCAGGAGGGGUGAGAGUGAUGGGCCCCCUUGCUGGCACAGUACAGGUUCCACCAUGCAGAUGCCGCUGGGAUGUUCCUCAGCCCGCCCU